GGAACUGCGUGCGGCCGCGCACGUGGCCGGCGGGGCAAGAUGGCGGCGCCCGUGUCGCUCUGCCAUGUCGCCUGCUGCGCCAACCGGGCGGGCGGCGGGGCCGUCUCCUGGGGGCGGCGGGGGCUGCUCGCCUUCGGCAGCUGCCGAGACGUCGUCCUCUACCAGCCGGCGGCGAGGCGGACGGUCGCCGCCCUCCGCGGGCACGGCGGCAGGGUGAACUGCGUGCGCUGGGUCCGCCGGCGGGACGGAGCAACUGAAACGGAGCUGGUUUCUGGUGGAUCUGAUAAACAGCUCAUCCUUUGGGAAUGGAGUGGGAAGGGAGUGUGGAAUGAUCAGCUUGUGAAAAGCAUUACUCUCGAAGGUCAUACUGAAGCUGUUUGUGCAGUCGAUGCUGUCUACCAGUCAGAUGAACCUGAUUUAGAUCUGUUAAUAGCUUCUGCAGCGUCUGACUCUACCGUGCGAAUCUGGUCUCGGAAUGGUUCAGAAGCUAAAUGCAUUGACAUUCUGCAAUUCGGAAAUGGAUUUGUUAUGGAUGUCUCCUUAUCCUUCUUGCCUGGCAGCAAUGUACCAAUACUGGCUUGUGGUGGUGAUGAUUGCAAAAUACAUUUGUUUAUACAGCAGAACAGUCAGUUUCAGAAAACAUUAAUCCUCCCUGGCCAUGAAGAUUGGAUAAGAGGCAUUGAAUGGGCAGUGUGUGAUGAAGACCUAUUCUUAGCAAGCUGUGCUCAGGAUUGUUUGAUAAGAAUUUGGAAAGUGUGUAUGAAGUCGAAGGAAUCUUCAGAAACUGAAGAUUAUUCCAUAAGACUGAAAGAAAAUGUUUUUACUGUUAAAGAUACUGGUACAACAUACGCAGUUACUUUGGAGUCUGUGUUGGCUGGUCAUGAAAACUGGGUGUAUGCAGUCCACUGGCAACCUUCCUUUUCCAAAGGUGGCAGCAUACAGCAACCAAUGAGGUUAUUGUCUGCUUCAAUGGACAAAACUGUGAUCCUCUGGGAACCUGAUAAGGAAUCUGGAGUUUGGCUAGAACAGGUGCGGGUAGGUGAAGUAGGGGGCAAUACCCUUGGAUUUUUUGACUGCCAGUUUAGUCCAGAUGGUUCAAUGAUCAUUGCUCAUGCUUUUCAUGGAGCAUUUCACCUUUGGAAACAGUCUUCGGUUAAUAAGAAAGAAUGGACUCCAGAUGUUGUGAUUUCAGGACAUUUUAACAGUGUAGAGGAUGUAAAGUGGGAUCCAGAAGGAGAAUUUAUCAUCAGUGUUGGAUCUGAUCAAACUACUAGACUAUUUGCUCCAUGGAAAAAGAAACAUGAGACAGAGGUAACCUGGCAUGAAAUUGCAAGGCCUCAAGUACACGGGUAUGAUAUGCGUUGUCUGGCAAUGAUUGGCCGGUUUCAGUUUGUAUCAGGAGCAGAUGAAAAAGUGCUUCGAGUUUUUCGUGCUCCCAAGAAUUUUAUAGAAAAUUUCAGUAACAUCACUGGUAUUCCAAUGGAGAAGCUGUACUCCCAGCAAUCAUCUGAUCUUCCAGAAGGUGCAACUGUGCCAGCUUUGGGUUUAUCCAAUAAAGCUGUUUUUGAAGGAGAUAUGCCUGUUCAACCAGCUGAGGAUGAAGAAGCUUUUAAUACCGUUUCUAAUCAGUAUCCUGAGAUUUAUUUUCAACCUUUGAUCCUUACAGAACCUCCCCCAGAGGAUCACUUGCUGCAGAAUACCUUGUGGCCUGAAAUUCAGAAGUUAUAUGGACAUGGAUAUGAAAUUUUUUGUGUUGCUUGCAAUAAUUCAAACACUAUAGUCGCAUCGGCAUGUAAGGCUUCCAAAAAAGAACAUGCAGCAAUUAUUUUGUGGAGCACUACUUCUUGGAAGAAAGUACAGAGUUUGUCAUUUCACAAUCUGACUGUAACUCAGCUGGCGUUUUCUCCUAAUGACCAAUUUUUAUUAGCAGUUUCUAGAGACAGGAAUUGGUCACUCUGGAGGAAACAGGACUCACCAGAGUCAGGCCCAGUUUUCAGUUGCUGUGCGUACACAGACAAAAAUACAGCUGUUCACAGUCGAAUCAUUUGGUCCUGUGAUUGGACACCAGAUAGCAAGUAUUUUGUUACUGGCAGUCGAGACAAAAAGGUCAUUAUCUGGGGCCAGUGCGAUUUAUCUCUGACUGCUGAAGGGAGUAUGCUGGAUUCAAUCAAGCCGUGUUCAACAGUAUUGGAUACCAGGGAUUCUGUUACUGCAGUUAGUAUCAGCCGCGUGCUCACUCCUGAUGGAAGGUAUAUUGUUGCAGUAGGCUUAGAGAAUGGGAAGAUUAUCUUGUACACAUGGAAGCAGAGUGGGCAAGAACCAGCACUAGCUGAUUGGACUAAGUGCAUUGAGAUAGAUAACAGCCAAAGUCAUGCUCUUGCUGUGAAACGUUUGUGUUGGAGACAUCAUGAGGGCAGAGCUGGACAUAAUGAUCAGAAAAACAGCGAAUGGUUGCAGCUUGCAAGUUGUGGAGCUGAUCACUGUGUUAAAAUAUUCAACGUCAACAGAUUUGCUCUUUAGAAAAAACAGCAGGCCUGUCUGUGCAAAAUGGGUUCACAACAUUUUAUUUCAACUUCGUUUAACCAUAUUGAUUUUUGAAUUCUGUUUUCUGCCAUGUAAAAUGAAACAUCUGCAAUAUAACUUAUUAAAGCAUUUUUCAUGGUUGUUUAAAAUGCCAAAUAUUUUUCUAAUUUUGUAGUUCCAGGAAUGUGAAUUAUUUUAUAUAAUUUGAUUGGUGAAUAUCCUGGAACUCAGAGAGGGAAGGUGGGCUAGAGCACAGAAGAACAAUAAUGAGAUGGUUGUGUUCACUGUGACUCUGAGGUUGAUGGGAAGCUGCUAGUACUUGGGUUCUUCUGUGCUUGGGGUUAUAAGUAGAGUACUGAAUUGUUCUGAACACCAUAUUCCUAUUAAACGCAACUGUUGGUUAGCCUGCCAGUGCUGACACUGUGUUUAAGCAUCUGUAGUUAAACAGAAGUAAGAGCUAGGCAGCUUUCUUCGAUGGCCUUCUUUUCACUAUUUAUUACAGUGCUGGUCCAACUCUUAGACCAGCCUACUCCUGCUUUAGAAGGAGUAGAUUGUCUUUAUGCUUGGAGUGGUCUGCUUGUUUGUUUUUCCUAUCCAGUGGGGCUUAAAGCCUAACUCACAGGCAACUUAGAUCUUCCAUCUCCUCUGUGUAAUGUUGAACCUUUCCCAUGCAGACUGCUAUCGAAGAGCCACCUCUUUCUUUGCUUCCUCUACAGUUUGGGCUGGAAAAGCUUACAAAUAUUAGUUGGCAUGAGCUGAAAGGUGGCAACUGUUCCUUGUAUUUUUUUCUACUAACGCUUCCUGGCUCGUCUACUGACUCUUCGUGGCUUUUGAAAGUUCUGUUGAGAGGCAGAGCAGGUUAACUUAACAGUCUAAUUGUACUGUAAAUAGCAUAGAAUGAUGAUAGAUGGUGAGUACUUCAAAAAGGAUGCCUUGUCCUCAACAUGUCUGUCUCUGAUUCCAAAGUCUAAUUAGAAAUUAGUUAAACUUUGGGAUUGAAAUGAUACUUGUUCUAGAACCAAUUGCUACCCAAACUGGUAGUGCAGAAAUAAAUUGGAAUUGUGUUUUACUGUGUUGUAUCCUUAGCUAAAGAAUACAGUGUGGGCCAAACUCUUUUCAGAAUAAUUAUAAUUUAUGUUUUAAGGGGUUUUAUAUUUUAGCUUUUUAUUUUCAAUUCUGUUUUUCAGUAUUUAAAAAAAGCAAUUCUUUAAAAUGUCUUAGGUGCAUUAAAGCCCUACACCUUAAUAAAGAUGCUUUGCUAUAUUCAUUUUA